CGUAAACUCGAAACUGUCAGACUACGGGGGCUCCGCCGAAAAACAAAUCGAUCUCGCGAGUUUUUCGCAUUUUCGUUCCGCGGCACCAGCAAUUUCCACUAAUUUUCCGGGAAAAUCCCACAAAUCAGGUGGGUUUUCAUUGUUUGCAAUUAGUGCAACGUCGAAACUAGUCGCGCGUGUGUGAAAUUUAGGAAGAAAUCAAUGGGAAAAUGGUUCUGCUGAGCAACGAUGAAUUCCUGACACAGCUCACACUGCUGGCCCAGUCGGCCCGGGCCGAUUCUUCCUUCACGCUAACGAUAAAACGAUACGACGGCCACGACCGACCGAAACCCCGCGAGGGCAACCCCCCGCUGCCGAAGCCCGCCGAGUACCAGUGUCUGAUCCGGGCGAAAUCGCGCUCCCGCAAGCUCGCCACCGUCGUCCGGCACGACGACGUGGCCAAAUUUAUGGAAUCCUACUCGAAGGUGCUCAAGUCCAGCAUGGACGGGCUGAAAAAAAUCAAAAAGGUGAAGAACAAGGCCAAGGCAGCGCAAGGAUAGACCGAAUGCUGAAAAAACAACUAUCGUCACUGCGAAAUCUUUCUUUGGUUCGGACGCUUGGCGGAUUGAAGGACCAGACCAGCGAAAGAAGGAUUGAAACCGUAAGCUUAUACAUUUAUGGUAUCAUUUUGUCUCUAGCAUAAGUAAAACCAUUUUUUGAAUUUAUUAAAACAAUUGCGGGAUUUA